AUGAUUAACCUGAUGGUGAACGGAAAGACCAGGGAGGUGGAGGAAUCCACUAACCUGGAAGCUUACCUUACGGCCUUUGGCCUCGACCUGAAGUUUGUCGCGGUGGGAUACAAUGGCGAGGUUAUUAAGAAAGAGUCCUUUGCCGAGGUUGUUCUGCAGAAUGGCGACAGCCUGGAAAUUGUACGGCCGGUGGGCGGAGGGUGA